AUGAAACAGAACCUGGACUACUGUUACAAAACAUAUGCGAACCGGUAUAAAGAUUGGCAUCUUCCAGUGGAUCGCUGCGAACGAGAGCAGACCGUGCGAGAAUUAUUUGCGCUGGUAUCAGAUUCAACUAAUUAUCAAUCGUCAUCGUCAUCUUCAGUAAACUCUUCUAGACUACCAAUCCGUCCUUUGCAGCCGCAUCCAAGUCCCCAGGUCUCUCAAUCACCACAACCAGCGCAACAGCCAUACUCGGUGCCACAAGAUUUCUUAUUUCCACCGCAACAACCACCACCAAACUACCCUCCACCUAGUCAUCCUCCACCUCAGCACCCGAUACAUCCUCCUCAGCAACUACCACCGCAACAUCUACCGCCUCAGCUUCUACCACCACAACGUCCACCUCCUCAGCAACCUCUUCCACGACCUCCUCCGCCUCGAAGAGGUACGUCGCACCAUUCGGUCCCGAAACCUUCACCUCUCUUUCAGUCUACUAUCAAACAGGAAGACUUUAUGGAACUGGACCACAUGUCUCACUACCAACCAAUGCUCAAACAGGAGCUCUUCAGCGAACCGGAGCAGAUGACUAAUUAUCAGCCAAGCAUCGAAGAGGAAAACUUCGUAGAAGUAGAUCAGAUGUCCAACUAUCAACCAAGUAUCAAGCAGGAGAGCUUUCGGGAAAUGGAUCAAAUGUCUAAUUAUCAGCCAAGUAUGAAGCAGGACAAUUUCCGGGACUCAGACCAGAUGUCUAUCGCUUCGACAGCCACGUGGUCGACUGGAAGUGCUCCAUCAGCUUACAGCUAUUACGACGAGACAUUUUCGUCCCCUCGCUACUCUGUUUCUACCAUGAACUCUUCGGUGAGUUCGGGAAGCCGUAUUCCACACGGAUUCAGCCUCGCUGGACAACGACCGCUGAGACAAGCGAGACAUGAUCCGCGAGCCGGGACCUGGAACGAGCUCCUUCGAGUUGUUCCCUGCGGAAAAGAUCACAGUCGACUUCAUUGGAACGUACCGUUUCCCACUUGUACACUUUGUGGCUUUUCACAGUGGCAUGCGCUCAUGAUUCAAGCACGGAGCAUUGAUAUCAGCACUUUCGUCACCGCCAUGAUUGGGUUGAGGGAUAUUUGCAGUCCAGACUUUGCGGGGAACCAGUCGCUGCACUUCCUGAUGGCUGCUGGGGUUGGAAUGGAUUAUUUCAGACAGCCUCUGUUGGAUAUGGGUUCUAGUCAGAAUGUCUUUGGCCAGAAUCCUCUCCACGUACUCGACCCCCAGGACCUGGGCGAAGAAUUGAUUGGUUUCUUAGGAUGGUUCAAGGCUAAGGAACAUCCAGAAGGGUUGUUGCUUACUCAACGAGAUAUCAAAGGACGUACACCGAUGCAUUAUCUAUUACAACAACCACUCGAACGACACAUGUACGCCAAAAUGCUCGAAGUCUUCCCCUAUGAACAUCACCAGCUCCGAACCUUUGACACAAGCGGCCGCACCGCCGUCAUGUUAAUGAGCAAAGCAGCAUCCAAGAUUAAAGCCAUCUCACCAGCAGACUACGCUCGAAUCCAAGCCGGAAUCAGCGAGACCAAACUCUACCAGUCCCAAGGCGACGGUACGCCCAGCAACCAGAGUCUCUACGGCUUCCACGACAUCGCCCGCGGAGCCCGUGGUACCUCCUACAUGGGCGCCUACUUCGAAUGUCGAAUCUGCAACCGCACCGACGCCCACAGCAACUCCUAUCUUGCCCAAAUGAUCUGCGCCUGCACCGCCGGCCGCGACCGUAACGGCCCCGACGACACCGGCAUGACCGCCGCUCACGCCCUCGUAACCCAAGAACGCUGCAACGACGACCACCGUCAAUCCCCCGAGAAACCCUCUCAAACCACCGACCUCCUCCGCGUGCUCAUCCCCGAACACGACAAGACGCUCCGCGAGGUCCUUCACGUCCUCGACCGCGACGGCAACACCCUCACGCACAACAUCGCCGUGCGCGGCCUCGACGAACUACUCACCUACAUCCUCAGCCUCGAAGUCCCCUCCCGUCGCAAAGCCAUGGUGAAUUCCUGUUCGCGCGGCCCGAAAGGUCAUGAUUGGAGCGUGCUCGCUGCCGUGCAUGCGAAAUUCGAUGAUACGGUGCAGAAGAUCAGGAUUUCGGCUGUGACGGGCGAUACUAGUCUGCGCCAUCGUCUGAUUGAGAAGAGUAAUCGUCUUACGAAGGUUAAACACAUCUUGCUUGCUGAGGGCGCCGAGAUGAAUCCUAGUACGCGCGCGAGAUGGCAGAUCUGGUGGCCGAAUCAACAGGUUUAG